AUGAUGUUAACGAAUUUAGCUGAUAUUCUUCGUGAAGCUGGUCUUACUGUGGAAGAAACUGAUGAUUGGAAAACACGUGGUCAUGGCAAAAUGACUUCUGUUAAGAGUAUUAUUUGUCACCAUACAGCUGGUCCUGGUACAGGUGAUUAUCCUUCAUUGAAAAUUGUUCGCGACGGUCGAAAAGAUCUUGCUGGUCCACUUUCGCAACUUGGAUUAGGUCGCAGUGGUAAAUGGUAUGUUAUUGCAGCUGGUCUUUGUUAUCAUGCUGGUGUUGUUACUGAUACUUUAUUGUAUUCAAAUGCAAAUGCUAUUGGAAUCGAAGCAGAAGGAACCGGUGUUCCAUCGACUGAUAGCGGACAUACUCAUUGGCCCGACGUACAAUAUGAAAGUUAUUUGCGUGGUGUCAAAGCUCUUCAGAAAGCUUUUAAUGUACCAACAUCACAUGUAAAGGGACAUAAAGAGAUUGCAGCACCAGCAGGUCGUAAGGCUGAUCCUAAUUUUUCAAUGGAUGAAUUUCGUGCUGCUCUUGAGUAA